AUUUGCUGGCAGGUACCACUCCAUUCUCAACAGAAAAAACUAAAGACGAAUCAUCAUGUUCAAAUCCAAGCUGCAGGAAUUCUGCCAGAAGAGGCGAACAAUGAGCUUGCCGGUCUAUGAGGUCACCAAGCAAGGUCCGUCUCACGAUCUUUGUUUUCAAGCCACCGUCAUUAUCGACGAUAUGCAGUUUCAUUCUGAUAAACCCUGGAAAACCUCCAAGGACGCCCAAAACGAUGCUGCGCGCGUUGCUCUCUGUUACCUCUCUACUCCUCCUCCUGGUAAUGAUCGUUGUGUUUCGGAUGGUGGCGAUGGCGGUGGAAAGAGAGAGACCGGUUCUUCAGAUGUGAGCUUCCAAAGGACUUCUCAACUAGAGACAAAAGAGGCAAAUCAAACUCCAUUAAGUGUAGCUCCUCCUGUUUUUAAAGAUGAUAAGAUAAUCGGAGGUUCUUCUGAUGCGAGCUUCACGGGGACAUUGAAACCAGAGACGAAAGAGGCAAAUCAGACUCCAUCAGACGGAGCUCUUCCUUUUCUUGAAGAUGAUAGCAAAUUUGAAGGAGCAAAACAUUUGUAUAAAAAUCUUCUGCAAAGCUUGGCUCAGAAGAGAAAUCUCACUUUGCCUAUUUAUUUUUGUGAGCGUGUUGGCCUUCUUCAUGCCAGUCGCUUCAGAUGUAAGGUCAGAAUUGGUACACAAACCUUUGAGAGUCAGGAGUUCUUCACCAAUACAAAGGAGGCUGAACAUGCUGCUGCAAAGGUUGCUCUAAUGUCACUGUCACUAGAUGGAAUUCAGGAGGAUGGCCCUAGUGUCUACAAGAACCUUUUACAAGAAUUCUGUCAGAAGCAGGGUUGUCCUCUACCAGUUUAUGCUACAACCAAAUCUGGUGAACCUCAUGCGCCAAUCUUUAUUUCAACUGUGGAGGUAAAAGGUACAUCUUUCGCUGGAGAGGAAUCGAGAACAAAGAAACAGGCAGAGAUGAGUGCAGCAAAGGUGGCUUACAGAGCUUUAAGAGAAAUAACCUCUAUCUCAGACUAUUCUCAGAAGGCUGAAACGAGCAGUCAUCAACAAACUAAGACUAAAGAUGGCAACUCUGAUGUGGUGGAUGAUUCUGGUAACCAAAUACUGGCUAAAACAACUGCAGAAUCUGCACGUCAGUUGCCUCUGGAAGAUAAUACUUCAUUCACAAGUCAUGUUGUGGUUUUUCCUCGUGCGCAGAACAUGUCAUUUUCCUCUGAUUGCAAUGUGGUCACCAGUGAUAGCUACUGGGUUGCUAUGGACCUCAAGGCAGAACCAGCUCGGUAGAUAGCCUUUUAAGAGUUAUAAGAACUCCAAUAUUUAUGAGAACUUAGUUGAAUGUGAGGCUUUCCGCUAGUUUCUUUUGAAUAAAAAUGUUCUAUAUAUGUGUUUAUUAAAUUAUGAAGCAAACUAGUUGAAGCUGGUAUUUUGUCUUUAAGAGAUUAGCAUGAAAUUUAUUUCAAAUCAACGUGUUGAGAGUAAUUUUGUUUUUAA